AUGGUGGACGAUUUUGACCCUGCUACUCCAGUUUCUGGUCCAACUGUGUGUUACGAGUGCCUAAAGAUGGGACCCAUGCCACCUCCUGUUGCUGGUCCUCAAGAAAAGCAAGUAAAACCAGGAAAGAAAAUAGAUCAUAAAACGAAAGUUAUUACUGAAAUAGAGUACCUCGCCAAGUUAAAGAAAAUAGACGAAGAAGCAAAACAAAAAGAGGAGAAACGUCUCAACAGAAAAAGAACUCAGCCAUCUGUAGCAGGAAAAAGACCUACAAUAAAGAAGAAAAUCAAAUUUGGGAAAGGUAAUGGAAAUGACAGCAGUAUCGAAGAAAGUACAGAUGAAGAAGAAGAAGAAUCAACAGAUUCUGAUGAUGAAAACAGUAGCAAUGAGAGCGACAAUAGUGAUGACAGCAGUGAGGAAGACGAUGAGAGUCAAUAG